AUCCUCUCUUCUUCUUUCUCAUAUUAGUCAAACAGAAUGACAAAUGCAUUGAUAUCGAUUGGCCUAUGGCCAAAACAUUUGUAGUUUUAAGAAGUAUAACAGAUGUUUUAUUCUCUGUAAACAUUCUGCUCCAGUUUCGAAUGGCCUAUGUAGCUCCUGAGUCUACAGUUGUUGGUGCUGGCCAGUUAGUUGCUCAUCCAAGAAAAAUCGCUAACCAUUACUUCCGAGGAAAGUUUUUACUAGACUUGUUCAUAGUAAUGCCACUUCCACAGAUAUUGAUAUUAUGGAUCAUACCAGCACACUUAGGUGCAUCUGGUGCAAACUAUGCAAAGAACCUUUUACGCGCUGCAGUUCUUUUCCAAUACAUUCCAAAGUUGUAUAGGCUUCUUCCACUUCUUGCUGGCCAAACACCUACAGGGUUCAUAUUUGAGUCGGCUUGGGCUAACUUUGUUAUUAAUCUUCUCACCUUCAUGCUUGCUGGUCAU